AUGACGAAGAAGAGUCCGAAGAGAGUUCCAGGCUUAGCGAAGAAGAGUCUGAAGACGGACAAAGUUCAGAUGCCUACCUCAAAAGGUAAUGCUGCAAGUGCCGUAUCGACGUCAGUUUCAGGCCGUCAGACCAUAGGUGCCGCAGCUAAAGCAGCCGCUUCAAGCAGUACUGCUCAGCCUAUCCGAGCAUCGACUUCACCUUUGCAAGCUGCCGGGAUCUACAUCGAUGACGACGGCUACGUGGAGUACCUUGACCCGGGCGAGAAGGUCUUCCAGGAAGGUCUCGACCAUGACGAGUACAGCCGAUUGGGUAUGCGUCUGCAAGACGAUGGAUAG